AUGUUCUUUGCCAGGCGAUCGGUAGCUUCGGCGCGGCUACUGCUGCGGAACCAGCAGCCCCAUCGAUUUGGCUCUCAUGCAGCUCACCACGCUGCCCCUGUGAAUGAGAGCUUCGGCCGGAGUUUCUACGUCACCGUCGGCACCUUCGCUUCCUGCUACGUUAUCCACCGCAUCCACAAGGCCACUGAGGAGUCCGGCUCCCAGUCUUGGAUCUCCAACCUCAUCCAGAAGUGGACUCCCUCGGAGCAGGUCUUUGAGCAGAGAAACGCCAUCCGGACGGCGGUAAUGGAGAAGGCUGCUCGCGACCGCCACUUGUUCGCCAGUCAGGGCCCUAGCGAAACAUAUGGAUUGAUGCAACCCGAGGUCAGCUUCCACGCCGUUCAGCCUAUCAACCUUGUCGCCGGCUACGAUGCGGACCUCAGCAAGGUUGUCGCACACUACGAGCGCAAGAACCAGGCCAUUGAGGAGGACCGUGUUGCCCGGAUGAAGGAUGGCAAAGUCGUUUCUCUCUAUGAAUAG